AUGGAGGUGGUCCCUGUCCCCACACUGAAGGCUUGGUCACCUGCCACUGCCACCCUGAGCCCACCGCAGUCCUUCCCCCCGUCCUCUGGGCCUGGGGCCACCCCCAAGUGCCGACUUGACUUUCCCGGAGCCCCAGGUGCUGCCCGUUCUCUCCUGUUCCUUGUCCGUGCUGCCAAGGGGGCCAAUAAAGACGCGAGAUUCUUCCCUCGGAUGCUCCUCGUGGUUCCUCCGCCCUGCGACCCCUACUGGCCGUCCUGGUCACUGCACCUACCUCACGAAAGACCAGCCUCCUGGCGCCGGUGGUCCAGGGAAGGACAUGGGGGUGAGGACUCGCAAAGACAAGAUAGAGGAGGUCGGAGCUUCAGCGUGGAGGCAGAGACUAACCGGAAGCAGUGGGGGCUGGAGCUUCCAUGGCCUCCCCCAUUCACUGUGCCGCCUCCCCCGGCGCUCACCCUGCACGAGGGCGGCUCAGGGGCUCCCCAGAAUGGCGAGAUAGAGGCCGCAGGCAAUCAGGGAAGGCCCUCGGGGGUCUCCCCUGGGGUCUCUGUGCCCCCGCCUCGUCCCGCCCCGCCCCCGCCGGGGCCCCUGGACCGCGAGCUGCUUCUGGCUCCGGCUGGCCUCCCCACCCCCGCGCAUCUGCGCGCUCCUCCUGCGGCGAUUCUGGUCCUGCCCGCCAGGAGGGUGGCCCCGGGCCGGGUCGCCGCCGCCGCGCGCGUUAGGAGGAGCCCGGGCGCCCGGUACGCGCCCAGACACUGGGGGCGGGUGAUCCCAGCCGCGCGCGUGACUCCGCCCCGGCCCGCCCCAGCUCGUGCUCUGCGCCUAGCCCGCCCGGCGCCGCAGACGCUCCGGGUCCUCCGAGUCCUCCGAGUCCUCCGCGGGCGCCGAGCCCGGCGCGCGGAGCCCAUGGAACCGGCGCGGGGCGCGCUCCGUGCGAGCGGCGGGGCCGAGGCGCUGCUGGGCGAGCUGGAGGUGCGGGUCCAGGACGUGGUGAGGGUGAGCUCGUGGUGGGAGCGCCACGGCGUGGACUGCGCCAUCCUCGCGCUCAGCCUCCUCGCCUUGCCACCCGGGUUCCUGUGCCUGCGCUCUGAGAAUCUCCUGGUCUUUGCCCUGGGCAUCACCAUCCUGGGUGUGUGCCACUACACGCUCACUGUCAAGGGCAGCCACCUUGCCACUCAUGGUGCCCUCACCGAGUCCAAACGCUGGAGCAAGAUCUGGGUGCUUUUCUUUGUGGAGGUAUGCACGUCCUUCACUGCAGAGCACGCCAAGUACGCACACGUCAAGAUGCACCAUGGCUACACCAAUGUGCUGGGCCUGGGGGACUCGAGCACGUGGAGGCUGCCCUGCCUCAACCGCUACGUCUACAUGUUCCUCGCUCCUCUCUUGAUCCCCAUCAUAACCCCGCUGGUGGCUGUCGAACGGCUGAGAGAGGUGGAGCUCAGGACGGCCCUGCGGACGCUUGGCCUGAUUUCCCUGGGCCUUUAUUCUCACUACUGGCUGCUCCUGAAUGUGUCUGGCUUCCAGAGCCCCAGCUCAGCCCUGGCCUGCAUGCUCAUCACCAGAUCCCUGCUGGCCCACCCUUACCUUCAUGUCAACAUCUUCCAGCACAUCGGGCUGCCCAUGUUCUCCCGGGACAAGAAGCCCCAACGGAUUCACAUGAUGAGCCUGGGGGUGCUUAACCUGCCCCGGCUGCCCGUGCUGGACUGGGCGUUCGGCCACUCCCUCAUCAGCUGCCACGUGGAGCACCACCUCUUCCCCAGGCUCUCCGACAACAUGUGCCUGAAGGUGAAGCCCGUGGUGUCCCAGUUCCUCCGUGAGAAGCAGCUGCCGUACAACGAGGACUCCUACCUGGCUCGCUUCCGGCUGUUUCUCCACCACUACGAAGAGCUCAUGGUGCAGACCCCUCCCAUCACAGAGCUGGUGGGGCUGCAGUGAGGGGCGGCCGGCACAGUCACCCCGCU